CUGAGAAGUACGCAUCAUCAGUCCGGUCCCCUACCUCAAAGCCCGAUUUGCCGACUAUGACAUCGUUGACUUUGCAGCUCCCAUCAAAAAACAUCAACACCAUCACCGCAUCCUAUUUGUGUCUUCGCAAAGGAUCGCACUAGCUAUAAGCCUAUCCACUACGGGAUCCGGCGGGUGGACCAACUUCAAAAGCCGUCGCAGCGUCCGUGGGCUAUAUCAACUACUCACUGUCUGCUCUUUCGGACAUCAACGCACCGCCAUCCUAAGGCUUCAACAUCUCACUCUCCUACAAUGACGCUUCUCCAAACCUUCCUACGGGCUACAGCCUUCCGCUCCCCCCUUCUUCGUACCCUCCUCCCCGCUGUCGGCCUCGCGUACGGCAUACAAUCGCUCGUCGCCAUGCCCUCCAUCGCUGUCCAGUCUGAGCGCUUCUACGACCUCUCUGGCUCUCUGACAUACCUCUCCUGCACCGCCCUCUCACUCUACCUCCCUGUCCUCCGUGCCCGCGCCGCGUCUUCAACCGGCAAGCUGAUCGAGCCCCUGAUCGGCAAAAUUACCGGCGAAAGCCUGCUCAAUUGGAGACAAGUAGCCAUGAGCGCCGCAAUCGGGCUUUGGGCAACGCGGCUAGGGAGUUACCUCUUCCAGCGCAUCAUGGCGGACGGCGAGGAUAGCAGGUUCGAGAAGAUCCGCGGACAGCCGCCAAAGUUCUUUGGUGCUUUCAUGGCGCAGGCGACGUGGGUGUCGUUGUGUGCGCUGCCUGUUAUCGCGUUGAAUGCCCUGCCCCGCACGGCGUUUGCGGCCAUGCCACACGUGCUCCUCACAGACGUCAUCGGUGUGAGUCUGUUUCUGUUCGGGUUCUUGUUCGAGAUCGCAGCGGAUAGGCAGAAGAAUGCGUGGGUGCAGGAGAAGAAGCAGAAGAAGCACAGCGAGGAGUUUCUGACGAGGGGGCUGUGGAGUAAGAGCCGGCAUCCAAACUACUUUGGCGAGAUCUGCUUAUGGACGGGCAUUGCGACUGUUGCAGGUGGGACAUUGGUGAGAGAUGCUGCACAGCGUGGGCUAGGCUUUGCAGGUGGACCGGCAGGGAGGAUUGGGGUGUUGGCCAUGGCCGCCGUGAGCCCUGCAUUCGUGACGUUUCUGUUGACUAAGGUGUCCGGCAUCCCGCUCAGCGAGAACAAGUAUGACAAACGCUACGGCGACCGCAAGGACUACCAGGAGUGGAAGAAGAACACCCCAAUGCUCAUUCCCAAAUUCUAGAUCUGUCUUGACGUCAAUCAGACGUGGAAUGUAAUGAUGCAGCAUGCAUAAGAUGACAUACAAUACUCACGACGUAACGAAUAAAAACUUCAAUAUUGGUCU